AUGGCGUCGAAGUCGACUGCUUCCAUGGGCCUGACCCUGGGCGCCAUUGGCGCGGCCUCCAUUUGGGCGCCUGCAGCGGUGCAGGCCUUCGUGGCUCCUUCGGCAUCUCCCUCAGCGCCCCAAUUGCGCGGAGCGACCGAUGCCAGCCAGCAGACCUCCAGCCCCGCCGGCCACGCAGCGGCCGCCACCGCCGUGGGCACCGUUGCCGUGAUGCUGGCAGCCAGCAGCCGUCGCUCCCGCACAGGCGUGGCACGACGUGCGGAGGCCACGGGUGUCACUGACGAGAAGCCCUUUGCCGGCGGCCUCAUCGGCGGCGAGUCUGCCUUUGCAGGCCAGGACUUCAACUUCGACCCCCUCGGCCUCUCUGUGAAAUGCGAGAAGUACUUGCCCUGGUUCCGCGAGUCUGAACUCAAGCAUGGCAGGAUCGCCAUGUUGGCCUUUGUCGGCUUGGUGGUGCCCGAAAUUGUCCGCAUCCCGGGUGACCACCCCUGCUAUGCGGCGAAGACAGUUGUGGACGCCCACAACGCCUGCGCAGGCAAUCCUCCUGGCCCUUUCCUGAUCAACACUGGAGAUUUCUUCGCUCCCCCGGAUGACCAAGCGGGCCCCCUCUUCCAGGUCUACGCUUUCUGCGGCCUCAUCGAGAUGCUGACCACCUUCGCCAAGACCUGCAACGUCUCGAACAAGCCGGGCCUCACUUUGGAGAACGCCGGAGACUACCAGCUCGGAGUCAACUUCCUCCCAAGUGAUCCCGCAAAGGUAAAAGAGAUGAAGCUGAAGGAGCUAAAGAACGGGCGCCUGGCGAUGUUGGCCUUCGGCGGAGCCAUUACUCAGGCCACCCUCACCGGAAACGGCUUCCCUUGGCUUUAUGCCCAGAAGGAGUCCACCUGUGCCCUCAGCUCAUCCGUGUCGAAGGCUACUGGCUCUUUGGCCGCGGGCCGCAGCAUGAACCAGCGUGGUGCCGUGGCCAGGCAGGCGGGCUACAAGAUGAGCGCCGCCGUUCCCUUCCUUCCCAUGUCCCCCGCCUUGGAGGGAAUCCCAGGUGAAGAGGAGGGCUUCGACCCCAUGGGCUUCUCCUUAGCCUUCGAGAUUGGCUGGCUUCGCGAGGCAGAGCUCAAGCAUGGGCGAGUUGCUAUGCUGGCUACUGUUGGAUGGAUCACCACGGACCUGGGACUCCGCGUGCCAGGGGAUGCAUUCCAGGUCUCCACCAUCGAGGCCCACGAUGCCAUGGUGAAGUUUGGAGGAAUGCCUCAGAUCCUCAUUUGGUGUGGUCUCCUGGAGGUUCUGGGACUCUUUGCGUAUGUCAACAUGCGUGAGGGAAAGACCGAUCGCAAGCCGGGAGACUUCGGUCUGCGAGGCUUCUACCCCAGCGACCCCAAGGGCCAGUACGACAUGCAGGUCAAGGAGCUGCGCAACGGCCGCUUGGCAAUGCUGGCAUACUCCGGCAUCGUGACCUCAGCUGUCCUCACCCAGGACAAGUGGCCCUUCUUUGAUGUCCAGGUGUCUGCUGUGGCUAAGAAGGACGAGGCCAGGAUCGGCUCUGCCUUCUGCGGCGCGGUGGCCCCAACCCCUUCGGGCAGCCGAACCGCUUGCCAGGCCUCUUCCAGCAAGAGCCUGCCUUUCCUUCCAAAGCCGCAGAACUUGGGCGGACUGGUUGGAGGCGAGGCUGAGUUUGACCCUCUUGGCUUCUCGGACGUCUGCGACAUCAAGUGGCUGCGUGAGUCAGAGCUGAAGCAUGGCCGUGUGUGCAUGCUUGCAUGCGUUGGUUUCGUCGCAGAGCAAUACUGGCAGCUGCCAGGCUUCGAAGGGGCUCCUGAUGCCCUGCAGGCUGUCUACACCGCUCCUCUCAACGCCUCUGGGGUUCUGCUCUUCCUCUGUGGCUACAUUGAGAGCGCUGCCUACGGUGGCAAGAUCACAAUGCUGGACAUGUUCGAGGGAGACGGAGCCAGCCGAGCCCCUGGGGACCUGAACUUCGGCAAGCGAUUCCUCCCUGUUGACAAGGCUGCUGCCGAAGAGAUGGCUGUGAAGGAGCUGACCAACGGACGCCUGGCCAUGCUAGCCUUCUCCGGCAUGGUCCAUCACAACCUGGUGGUCAAGGGCCCACUCUUCCCCCUCUUCCCCGAGGGCUACGUGGGACCACAGGGCUCUUGGGACCUGGACAGCGUGGCCGGCGCCCUCAACAGCGGCCGUAUGGGUCUCUGA